UACUUAUUUUCUAUUUAACAUAGGAAUAGACAUGAUAAAAAUUGUAGCCAGUGGCUGGUUGAAAAACGCAAAUGAAACUUUAUCAUCCUGUCAAAAUCUUUAGUUACUUCAUACGGUUUAUGUCGGGCCCAUUCUAUUGCGGGCUUUAAAAUAUUUGAUAGGUUAAUUAAAUCUCAUACAUUUGUUUGUGAUCUACAAAUUAUGGAACUGUUUGGAAAACACUUAAAGUAUGUCAUCGCUACCAUUCCAACAAUAUUGUUCUUUUUAUUUAAGCUUAGUAUAAAGUGAAUUACUACAUAUUAUUUUUUAAUUUAGUGGAAUUGGUAAGUGGAAUAUUGUUUAUUAUUGGAUUGGUUAUGGUUAAGAAGUAUACAACAAAAGGUGUAUAAUGAUAAAAAUGUAGGUGAUUAUUCUAAAUUUGUACACAUCCUAAUUAUUCAAAAUAUUCAUACAAUAUAAGAAUUUUAAGGAACUCAUAUGUUGGAUUUAGGUUCUUUUAAAAAUGACUUCUAGAUAAUGUAAGAUACAUUUCAAUAUAGUAUAGUAAUAAAACAAAUUUAAUUUUUAAAUACAAUCCCGUACUAGCAUUUUGAUUUGUAUAUUCUAGAAUAUUUUCCCAUUCCAAAUAAAUCUUAAUGAUAUUGUUUUUGGAAAAUACCAAGUACAUAAAUACAGAUGGACUAUUCAACAAAAAGUGAAAUACUUAAUUAGGCAGGUAAUAUAAAAUAUAGGUUUAAAAUAAUUCAGUUGUGUGAUUUAGUUCUUAAAUAAUAAUGUAUCAGUCACAACCGCACAUUUGAUGUGCAGUCAAAUAGCAGAGUGCUAAGAACAGCCACAUCACAUGUAAGUAUGUAAAUGUUGAAUUGGAUGGUUGUAAGUAUCUGUUUACAUAUAAUCAACAUUUUUAAAUAGUACAUGCUUAUGUUCAUUUAGUUUGAAAUCAAUUGGUUUGGGUUACAGUUGUGCGUGAUUCAAGACAAAGAAGAGAAGAAUAUCUUAAGAAUUUUGACAAAAGUUUAUGACCGUUUUCUGGUCAUAAACAAACAAGUGUAGUGCUUCAAGAUGGACCUGCCGGAUUGUCCUCCGGGUGCAGAAGGGUAUCAGGAUUCCGUGACAGAAGUACCCAAGAAACCGGAGUUAGAAGAGUCACCUUGUACCAAGGCGGAGCUCGAGUUUCAAGAGCACCUGAACAGUUUGAAGAUCAAGCUUGAAGAUGGCGUUACGCGAUGCAUGGUGGAGAGGCGCGGGCGCGACAUCUCGGGGAAGUGGAUCUACUUGUGUUACCCCUGUGCCGCCGUCUGCAGUGGAGAGAGCAUUCUGCAGACCCACAUAUCGGGGAAGAAACACAAGACCAAGUUGACGAUGCGAACUGUAUGGCCGAUGAGUAUCUUUGAUGAUCAUCCCUUCAACCAGCAUAGCAACAAGACUUCAACUACAUCGGAGAAAGUGCUUCAAAAAAUGGCGCAGGAAGUCGACCUUCACAAUAAGAACCCUUCAGAUCUGGACCUCAAGUAUGACAAGUAUAGGAAUGUGACCUGUCAUAUCCAGGACUCUCUCGACGGCGUUAAGGCUCCACUGCUAGGCAUCGAGUACCUGAUCGAGCACCCGCCCGAGCAGGCGCACUACGAGCCCUCGUACAUGUGCACGCUGUGCUCCAAGCAGGGCCAUCCGCGCACCAUCAUCAACCAUCUCACCUGCUUCUGGCACCGGUACAACUAUCUCUUACGUCAUUUCGCGACAGCGUGCAGUAUGCUGACUCCUUACCGCGCUCAGCACAAGUACCGCGAGGGCGUGGGCAUCAUCAUGAACCGUCUCGCUCAGCGCAUAGAGGACAAAUACGGACGCAAGCGACCCGUCAACUUCGAUAAAGAGGAAUACGAGAAAGACAAGGAGCAAAUCCAUCAGUGGAUAUUCCGAGGACAUCACUACUCGGAGAAGGAUGGACCGUCUUUCGUAGAAGUGGUUGAUGUCGGCCUCAUUGACUCGCUCCACAAAUCUAAUGAAGAAAAGAAGUCUAUAAAGGAUAAGCGGGACCCAUCACCGCCGAAUGUAUCCGCGCCUUCAAGACCGCUGUUCAACAAUUUCUCGCGCCCGGCGGGGCGGCAGGAGCGGCGCGCGGGCUCGGCGGGCUCGCUGUCCGACAUCAGCGACGACCUCGACACCGAGCGCCGCGACCUCGCCCGCGCCGACAAGCGGGCUCUCAGGGAGCGUUUAGACUCGCACAAGGCCCGCUACGAGCCCUACCCCGACAAGCGCCGCGCGGCCUCGCCCUUCCGCAGCCGCGCGCCGCCCCGCCCCAGCACUACUACUGCUGCAUCAACGGAAAAGCAACGGCCUCCUAACUACGAGUACAAGUUGAAGUUGGCCGGUGAAAAGCGUCAGACGGCCGAGGAGUCUGCCAAGAAGACGCUGGCUUACCAUGAGAAGAACCCGGAGAAGCACCCGCUAUACCCUGAGGAGUGGAAGAAGUUCUGGAACCGGCGCUACAAGGAGAUACAGGCUGAAGGCAAAGACCCAUCCAAGCACGACUUCAAGCCGGAAUGGAUAGUGUUUUGGACGGCGCGUAUGAAGGAACUACACGAGGAGGAGUUACGCAUAGAAGUGAACGAGAUCUACAGGCGCAUGUGUUUGUCUCCGCCCGAUAUGAACAAGCGGGCGUCCGAACCGCGUCAGGUGGAGAAACCUAGAGCUCCGGAACUGAGGCGUAAGACCCCUGAAAGACUUCGCCGGGAUCCUGAACCUCGCAGAGAUCCGGAACGCCAUCGUUCUUCGGAACGUCGUCGGUCGUCGGAACGUCGCCGAUCUUCGGAACGUCGCCGGUCGUCGGAACGUCGGCGCUCGGCCGAACGUCGCCGCCUGGACAGACCCGAUCGUUUCGUCGAUCAUCGCGGCCGAGAGCCUCUGCCGAGACGACGCACUCCGCCUGAGUUUAGACGCAUGCGCAGAACUCCGCCGCCACACUACCGUCGCUCCCCGGGCCGGCGUCGCUCAAUAGAUCGCCGCUCACUGGAGCGUCGGUCACUAGAGAGACGUUCCCUGGAGCGUCGCUCGCCGCCGCCGCACAAACGUACGCGCUCUAGAAGCCCUGUACACAGACGCAGCCCCGCGCGGACGCACAUCGCGCUGGAGGCGGUGAGUCGCGGCAGCCGCAGCCCGCUGUCGCAGCGCGAGGCGCAGCGCAACCGCAGCCCCGAGCCGCGCCCGCCCGCCCGCCAGCCGCCGCCCUCGCUGCAGACCGUGCUCAUCUCCGAUGACGAGCUCAAGCCUGACGACGGGCUAUCCCCGUGGAACUCUGACAACGACAUCGACUCGAUAGUGUCGGAGGCGGAGAAGCGCGACCGGUCCCGCGCCGGCAGCGCCGUGUCCCGCGCCUCGCGCCGCAAGCGCACCGCCAGCACGCUCGUGCCGCCCAUCGACGACGUCGCCGCCGAUGACGUGGUCGCCACGUUAAGGCAACUCGUGGCCUUGGAGGAUUACCUGGGCAGUCUGGGACCGAAGAUCGUUGAUCUGUUGGCAGAUGCACUGAAGAUGGAGAAGGAAAAGCCGAACUCAUCAGAGGAACUGCUAGAGCGUGAGAGCGCGGUGGUCCUCAUAGAGACGGCGAAGGAGAAGCUGAAGGGCGCCGUGCAGGCGGGGCUGGUCGGCGGCAGCGCGGCCGCGGCGCUGCGGGCCGCUGUGGUGCGGGCAGCUGCCACGCUGCAUGAAGCUGACAAACGAGCCAGGGCUAGGAAACAGGCUUCAUCCAGCUCUACAAAACCAGCAGUGGUGCCAGUCGCAGGCGUGGGUGAAGUGGACCGCGCACAGAUAGCACAACAAAUGGCCGAGGCUCUCAUAGCGCAGGGCAAAACGGACGUCUCUUCCGAAGACUUGGCACAACUCGUUGACGCAGUCGUGGGGAUGGCUGAAGCCAAGAAACGAGAAGCCGAGAAGACGAAGAGGGCAGCAGCGCCACCUGCCGUCGAAAAACCGGCGAAACCAGCGCUGUCUAAGAUGAGCGGCACCGCGUCUGCCCUGCAAAUGUUACAGUCGGCUUACAAUGAAAAUGAUAAAAAGACGGAGGUAGACGACGUCCCCGAUGUGAUGGACGGCCUCUCAGACUCUGACCUUGAGACCUUGCUGAAGAACUUUAACGAGUUGUCAGCGGAAGAGCAGCACAGUCUCAUAGCGUACUUGAAGAAGUUGGAGGCUAAGGAGCCGCAGAGAGUAGAGCGCCUGCGUCAGUACGUGAGCGAGGCAGCUUCCACUGCCGCUAAGGAACCUGAACCGGAUAAUGAUAAGGAGGAACCAGCUCCCCCCAGUGCAGUAGUCGUGGAGAGCGAUGAUGAUGAUUAUACUGUCGAAGAGGUUUUCCAAUCUGCAACACAGAAAGUAAAGGAAGAUCAAAUACGUCAAGAAAUGGAGAUUGUAAAGAAAUCUUUAGAAGAGUCUAAACCAGAAGAAGUUGUGGUUGAACCGACGACUCUGGAGAAUUCCCUCGCCGACAUAUCGAAGAACUUGUCGUCUGCCUCCGACCUGUUCGCGCUGGUGCAGGCGAGCCUCAAGGCCGCGCCCGCCGCCACCCCCGCGCCGCUCUCUCGCUCCCCCAACGUCGUCGCCAGCACCACUCAGCCCAGGUCUUUCGGAGACCUGCCUGAGCCCACUGUUACUCAAGAACCAGUACAAACACCACCCACACAAACUGCCGCGGUUACAUCAGCCUCGAUUCUGAAUCAAUUUGUGUCGCAAGGAUCAGGACAGGCCCCAUUCCAAAAUCAGCCAGCAGGCCUGUUACGUCCUCCCGUACGCCACCAGGUGCCAAACCAGCAGCAGAUGCCGCAACAUCAACAGCUACGUCCACAGCAGCAGCAACAACAAAACUAUACAUCACAGCAGAACCAACAUUAUAAUCAACAGCAAAAUUAUCAACCACAACAUUCAAAUUAUCAACAAAACCAGCUUCCACUUCAACACCAACAACAUAAUCAACAAGGUCAGAUGAACCAGCCGCUACUCAACCAGCAGUAUCAACCACAGCAAUAUAACAAUCCACAGCAUCAGCAACAGUAUCAACAGCCGCAGCAUCAACAACAAAACUAUAAUGACAACAGGAACAAGAAUGACCACUUCAACCAGGGACAGUGGAACCCGCGCGGAAAUAUGAUGGACAACCGAGGUCCGCCCCUAAGGGGGAAUGCACCCGAUAACUUUGGACCGAAUGCUCCAUACAAUCAAGGACCUAGAAAUAACUUCAUGAAUGGCAGGGGGCAGGAUAAUUACGACACACGGCCUCAGAAUAUGAACCAGCAGUUUAACAACUACGAUAAUAAUCAAAAUAAUUUUAGAGGUCGCGGAGGCGGCAGGGGUCACUUUGGAGGACCCAGAGGUCGUGGUCGGGGGUACUAUUAAUAGUAUUCACAAUGUUUUAGAUUUUACAAGUAACAUUUUGUUAUGAUUACCAUUGCUCAUGCAAUUAGAUUAUAUUAUUCGUCAUUUUAACUAUGGUUUUGACCUGCAUGUAUUUUUAUUCUGUAGAUAAAACUUCCGUCAAUAAAUAAUGAGAGUUUA